AUGGAACCCAUCUAUGAGUUACCUGCAAACGAGGAUCCUGGACUCUGGUACCGAAGUUCCCAGAACAGUGGAGAGGGGCAGAAAGGCAUGCAAUUCGCUUCAAUUGACGAGGAAAUAUGGAGUCCGGGUGAGAAGAUAAAGAUGCCAACCACUUUAUCUGACGACAAUACACACAUGGGUCUGGCUAAAAAACCGUUUGUGCCUCUUAAGAACACAGGCAGUAAACAAUCACCAAGACCCAAUCUCAAACCAAUGGAUUCAAAUACAAGCAAGUCAUCUCAACAGUCCGAUGAUGAAGAAUCAACUUCAAUGGAAACUAGCAUUACCCGGCCUGAUCUAGAAGAGGACUUUGACCUCGACACUGGCAUCGCAGAUUUUGAGGACAUGGAACACAUCCUCCAUCCAAGUGCCUAUUAUAGAAAGCUGGAUCUUCUUGAGCAAAAAACAGCAGAGAUCUGUGGUAUCAAGAGCCGCAACCUGCAAGAAAAGUCUCUCCUCGAAUGCAGAGACACCAUGCAGCGAAACAGGGAUGCACUUCAAAACCUGAUGGACGCGGGCUUUUGCGAUAAUUCAUUCUCUAUUUUGGUUAGAGAUCAAUCCCGAUCCAACGUUGCAAACGCUGUCCGGGUUUCUAUCCAUGACAUUGACGACGCCCUUAACAGAAUGUCGCCUCUCGCUAUUGCAGCUGGGAUUUCCCAGUUUAUCUCCAUUUUUGAGUGGCCAUUGCUUCGCGAUACUUUUGGCGACCCUUCUUCCGACUCGAAUUGGGAUCAGCUUGAGUAUUUACAGUUUUUGACCAACGCCUUAUCAGUUGGCCUCGUGUCUUUCACCGGCUCCCAUGUCUGCCGAUUCGACGAGAACCUCUGGGGAGAGGAAUUAAGUGAGAUCAUUGUUGGGCAAGGACACUCCUUCGCUUUGCGAGAUUUGGCCUGUUUGCAAGACUUCGUUAGUGGACCAGCCUGGAUCCUCGAAUCCGGUCAAGAUGUGUCACAGAAGGAUGGGUUGAAGGUGUCACUCACAGUCAAAGACCUUCAAGAACUGUGGGGUCCCGUAUGGCUAAUGGGUGGAGUAGGCGAUGAAGGCGUCUUCAUCCGAACAGAGGCAGGAUACAUUGUUCCCCUUCCACACGACAAGCAGACCGAUAAGUCCCUAGCGGAGAUUGAGUGUCAUUGGUCACGCUCAUACACGGGUUACGAAACCGCAAGCCCGAUUAUAUUGUGCAGUUCAUCGCGGAUCCUCAUUGGCACAGGGUCGUCUACAACGACAGGAUUGAGUGUCAACGAAGGAUGUCGAGCACCAAUUAACCACCUCCAAGCACGCAUCCUCUCUCGACUCCAGCCCUCCGGCGCACACAACGCAUAUCACACCCUCGAAGGAUUUGAUUUGACCAUGCAAGCCACGAUGGGAAAUUACGUUCAGGCCGGUGGCACGAUAAAAUAUAAGCGCAAUCCAGCACGCAAAUGGAAAACAUCGAUCAUUGAGAGUUGCAAAUAUGGAAGGCCCCGUUUACGAUCCCUUCUAUCACACAAUAUUGGCUUGGAAGUCAGUGCCUGUACUGGGAAUGCUCGCCGAGUGACACUCUGGGAUGCACUUCGCCUUUCGUAUACAACAGCGAGGAGACACGCGAGUAUGUUUACACCACGACAAGAACCAAACUCCUGUGAACACCGAAUAGCGGAUCCCAAAUGUAUACAAUCCUGCUGGACUCAACUCUUCUCUACCGACGAAAUUGACACACCAGUCAAUAUCCCUCUAGAGGGAGAUCCGAGAAGGAUUGAAUAUCUUCGACGCAUAAUCCUCAACUCAAUCAUCGCCCUCGAAGACACCGGCGUCGACCACGAAAACCAUCUACAAGCAUACUGGCCUUUCACAGGAAGUCCACGUACCCAUCGCAUCGAGCUAUUCCCGUCCUCCUCCUCCCCCACCGGGGAAACCAACAAUUGGAUACGAGUCAUCAAAGAUGCCAGAGACGUUGCAACAUUCGCUGUUGUCAGUCAACGGUGCAUGGAAGUACACCACGGAUAUGCCCGAACGUGUACAAUGCCGUGCCAAGUCGCGCAUUUCAAUCGUCCAAAGACAACGUUGUAUACUCGGAUCCUGCUAAAUGGGAACGAGGGGAACAAGUUGAGCCCUAAUGAACAUUUUGUCCUGGGGGAAGCGGCUCUUACUGUGCAGAGGAUUGUUCCUGGUAACGAAAAUGUGGUUGUUGCUGCUGCGAACGGGAGUGCUGUUAGGAAUGAGUGGACGAGGUUGGUCAGGCUUGGAAGAAGGAAGGAGUUUCAAGAGGAUUUGGAUUGCGAUCUCUCGACAGGAUAUUACCUUCCACUGUUAGUUCAGUGA